AAAAAGAAGAAGAAGAAGAAAGUAGAGUCCAUUCUCUAAACACCGCGGUUGUCUUUUCCUAACUCCUCAUGAAUUCUCCUUCCCAUCUUUCCUUGACCCCGUGACGUUUUCCACAGGGGUCCAGGAAAAGUGGUUAGACGUUAGGAGGUUAUUUCUGGACUAUUCGACCGCAGCUGCUGCUGGUGAAACUCAUCUGAGAACGCACGACCACAGAGUACACUGUGUGACGCGUUUAAAAAACGUCAUUUGGGACCGUGGUUGACCGGAGUGUAGUUUUAAUAUAUCAUAACAGCGACAAUUAAGUUGCUCUGAUGGCUGGUCACCUCCUCAAAGUCUCCUCUCUAGCCUCGGCAGUGUUUGCCUCCUCUGGGUUUUACCUGUACAACAGACAGCUAAACCUCAAUGACCUGAGUGUUAUCCGCUUUGGACGAGCCGCAGCCACGACGGUGGUCAUCAGUUUGGACUAUCUGACUGCUUUCAAACAUGUGGCAUACGACACAGAGGAGUACUGGGCAAUCAAGUCCAAGGUGCACCUGCGAUCCGCGGAGCGUCUUCGAGACUUGUGCUGUGCAAACCGGGGUACUUUUAUUAAGGUGGGCCAGCACCUCGGUGCUCUGGACUACCUGCUGCCUGAGGAGUACACGUCCACGCUGAAGGUGCUACACAGCCAAGCUCCUCAAAGCAGUAUGGAGGAGAUCCAGCAAGUCAUCAGAGAAGACCUCGGCAAGGAGCUGUCAGAGUUAUUUGUUUCCUUUGAGGAGAAGCCUCAGGGUGCAGCCUCUUUAGCCCAGGUCCAUAAGGCAGUGCUGCAUGAUGGAAGGACAGUGGCCAUCAAGGUCCAACACCCCAAGGUCCAGAGACAGAGCUCCAGGGACAUAGUGAUGAUGGAGGUAAUGUUGAAGGCAAUCCAUUGGCUCUUCCCAAACUUCGCCUUCAUGUGGUUGGUAGAAGAGGCCAAGAAGAACAUGCCGCUCGAGCUGGACUUCCUUAAUGAGGGACACAAUGCUGAGAAGGUGGCUAACAUGCUGGCCCACUUCCCUUUUCUCAAGGUUCCCAUGAUCCAUUGGGAUCUGUCCACAAAGAGGAUCCUGACCAUGGAGUUUGUUGACGGGGGGCAGAUCAACGACAGGGACUACAUGAAGAAACACAGCAUCAAUGUUAAUGAGAUAUCAGAGAACCUGGGCAAGAUGUACAGUGAAAUGAUCUUUGUCCAUGGCUUUGUUCACUGUGAUCCGCACCCAGGCAAUGUGUUGGUCCGAAAGUGUGCCCAGAGCAAGAAGACCGAGAUUGCCCUGCUUGAUCACGGCCUUUAUCAGGUUCUUCAGCCAGACUUAAGGUUGGACUAUUGUCGGCUGUGGCAGGCUCUGAUAAAAGGUGACAUGUCCGGGGUGGAACGUUACAGCCUCAGACUAGGAGCUGGAGAUCUGUACCCCCUGUUUGCCUGUGUGGUCACCUCUCGCUCUUGGACUGCCGUCAAUGCCGGCAUCAGUUCUGUGCCUGUCACACGCUCUGAGGACGUUGAAAUUCGGAACAAUGCAGCUCAGUACCUGCCUCAGAUCAGCGAGCUGUUGAAUCGAGUACCCCGGCAGAUGCUGCUGCUGCUGAAGACCAAUGAUUUGCUGAGGGGCAUUGAGACCACCUUACAGACCAGAGCCUCCUCCUCGUCCUUCAUCAACAUGUCCCGCUGCUGCAUACGUGCCGUGGCCAGGCACAAGAGGAGUAAGGCUCAGUCGAGGAGGAGGUAUCUUAAGAUCACACUGGCAGAGUCCCUCAACCUGUGGAGACUCACUAUGUAUGAACUGUUUCUGUGGGUGAGCAGCUCGACGUUUGGACACUGGCUCACUGCUCUGCUGGCUUUUCUGCACACUGGACGUUAACUCCAUACUGAAAGUUAGGUUAUAAUACAGUGUUAACAUAUUUUGAAUAUGUGCUCAUACACACACACACACACACACACACACACACACAUACACAUACAUACCUGAGUUCCACUUAUCUCACUGAUAAAGUGUGUAACUCUAUGGAUAAAUACAAGGACAACACAAACUGAUGUCAAUUUUUUUACUGUAUUUCUUUCACGCAAGAUAAAUACUUUAGUGUGAUUAUUGUCUGAUGAUAUUUCUCAUCAUGCUUGAAAAUUACUUGAACCGCUAUCUUGAAUACAGUGUACAGUACCUGUGCUCACUGAGCGUAUCUGGAGAUGCUGCAGAGAAAUUCCAGGCCAGUGGAUAAGGAAUAGUUACAGCACAUACUCUUGUUUUGUUGUGUCAAAGCUCUAAUUUAUUUUACUUUAAUCUUGGUUACGAUGGUGACCAUGUUAGAUUUCUGUUUUUUUAUUUCAGGUGGCGUCAAAUCCAGCCACUUCCUGUGAGUUGGAAUGCACAUAGAGAACACAAAUGUAAUAAUGUAUGAUGAAUAUGAAUUGAAUUAUAUAUAUUGAAUUAAAGUGGAGAAUGUCAUUUGUUGGA